CAGUCUUCUGUGUCUGACUUUCUGCUUCUGGAAUUCUCAGAGGUCCGAGAACUGCAGCUUUUACAUGUCUUUGUAUUCAUGUUAAUAUACCUGGCAACUCUAACAGGGAAUCUUCUCAUUAUCUCUGCAGUAGCCUUUGAUAACCACCUACAUACACCCAUGUACUUCUUUCUGAUGAACUUGGCCAUGCUGGACCUUGGCUCUGUUUCAGUCAUUAUCCCUAAAUCUGUGGCCAAUUCCCUCAUGAAUACCAGAAACAUCUCUUAUUCUGGAUGUGUGGCUCAAGUCCUAUUGUUUGUCUUCUUUGCUAUAUCAGAUUUCUACCUUCUUACAAUUAUGGCAUAUGAUCGGUAUGUUGCCAUUUGCAAUCCCUUGCAAUAUGAAAUGGUGAUGAACAGGCAAGUGUGCAAACAAAUGGUUGUUGGUGCGUGGAUGGCUGGCAUUCUCUAUGCAAUGCUACACACUGUUGGCACUUUUCAGUCUCACUUCUGCUCUAAUGUUAUCAAUCAGUUUUUCUGUGAAAUCCCCAAACUACUUAGGCUUGCAUGCUCUGGCUCGUACUUAAUUGAAAUUGGGGUUCUUGGGAUCAGUGCUGGACUUUUGUUAGGUUGUUUUAUCUUCAUCAUUGUAACUUAUGUGCAGAUCUUCACUGCAGUGCUGAGAAUCCCCUCUCUGGAAGGAAGAAAAAAGGCCUUUUCCACUUGCCUUCCCCACCUUACUGUAGUCUCCAUCUUCAUGAUCAGUGGAUUCAUGACCUACCUAAAUCCUCCCUCUAACACUGUUUCUUAUCUGGACUUGGUAUUAACUGUGAUAUAUUCCUUUGUUCCACCCAUCUUGAACCCAGUAAUCUAUAGCAUGAGAAACAAGGACAUAAAGACUGCUCUCUCAAAGCUACUGCAUUUGAGGUUCCCUCAUAAGAAGACAUGUUCUACUUUUCAUUUGUAA